GAACAUAAAUAUGACAUUGAAGGCACUUAGCUUAUGACCGUCAAUUUGCCAAUCGGCUCUAAAGCCUCUAUCAAAAUUUCAUGUCCAUUAACGUGCUACUGUUCAAGCUAUGGAAAAAGAUCCCCACAAUUAUUCGGCGCAGCAUCGACACUAUCGGACAUCUAGGCAGAAUAGCAACCGAAAAUCGCUGUUGUAACCUGAGUAAGCCUGUUGUAUUCAUUAUGCAGUGUAUGACAUUCUAGCAUCGAUCUCAUUUGCGAUGGGCAAUAUGGAUAAGGCUGAACAUCUUUUGGUUAGCGCCAUUGAGAAAUUAGUACAAAUAGGAACUUCCGAUAACGAUAAUCAGCUGGUGGAUUUCCAACUGCGUCUAGCUCGCAUCGAUAGUGCAUAUGAAAACAACGACAUGGCUGAGAUCGGUUUCAGGGAUUGUCUGAAUAAGCAGAAAAGCAAGAUUUUGGGCGGCGAUACAUCAACUAAAACUGGAAUGCUAUAUGUUAACGUGCUCUUCUGGUACGGCCUGCAUAAAAUUCGCUCCAAUGAGCAUAAAAAUGCCAAAGAACUUAUUACAUCGGCCUACGACUACUCACAGAAAAUCAAAGGCCUCAGUCCCUAUGAAGAAAUGGUCAUUCUCUACACACUGGCCGACCUGCACAUGCAACUUGGUCAGAACAACUUAGCCCUGGAAAACAUCAACAGCGCAAUAUUGCUGUGCAAAAGUAUUGGAAGUACAGAUAUGCCCAGAUGCUACUUGAAGUUGGCACAAAUUUACGUGAAUCUGGAAAUUUGGCCUAAUGCUAGAAAAUGUUGUGAAGAAGCCAUUAAAAUGGCAUCGCUCUUUCAGGAUUCAGCCGUCAUGGGUGAAGCUGAGUUUGUGCUGCAGAAAAUUGAGAAGCGCCAGAGAAAGGAUGAAUAAAAACUUAAUAAUUGU